AUGAAGGCGUCCAUGGUGCUCUCCCUCGUUGGGUACCUGGUGGUUCCAAGUGGCGCUGCUGUCUUGGGGUGCUGUGUGGUGGCUAAAAAGCUCCACGAAGGAGGCCUGAGUGAUUUUGAGGGCUACAGCCUCGAAAACUGGGUGUGCCUGACUGCUGCCUACGACAGCUUGCGCGGUGACUACACCAGCUAUGGCCUCUUUCAGAUCCGCAACCGUGACCGGUGUGACCACGGCAAGAACCGUUGCCACGUGUCCUGCUCUGCUUUACUGAAUCCAAAUUUAAAGGAGACAAUUGAAUGUGCCAAGAAAAUUGUAAGUAGCCUGACCUCCUGGACCCUCAACUGCCAGGACUCUGACACUCUGGAGCGGUGGUUGGACGGAUGCAAGCUGUAGCUACUGGGAAGCCCUCGCUGCACUUGCCCCUGGCA